AAGAUACACUGAGAGCUUCAGGACACUGAACCAUGCAAUCUGUGUGUUGGUAGGCUGCAGAACGGUAUCUACCAUAAACUAAGGGCAGGAUGCCGGCUGAUAUUUUUCUCCGUUUGCUGAUCCUGUGUCUGUUUGGAACGAUCCACGGCUGUCUGCAGGAUCGCGCUUCAGCCUACAAAUACACUGGAGCUGUAUGCAGACUAACCCACCCUGCUGCUGCUGUGUUGAAUGAGAAAACCACUAAAGUAAUCGAGGCAGCAUUCCAACACGCCCGUUACCCCAGUAUGAAAGGAGAGAAAUCUGCUGGCUUUUUGGGCAAAGUGUUAUACGGCCUAGAAAAUUUGGAGAUUUUCAACCUGUCGAUCGGCCAGAGUGAGUUUGAGCUGCGUCCAGGGGAGGGAAUCGGUCUGCAGAUUAACAACGUCUCUGCAGUGUUCAGUGGGACCCUUCAGUACGGAUACGGCAGCUGGCUGGUUAAUGUUGCACAGAGACUUGAUUUUGAGGUCGAAACUCAGAUCGAUCUUGGAAUCAACCCAAAACUAUAUUGUGGCAAUUCAAAGGUAGCUGCAGACACAUCUGAUUGUUACCUGAAUUUUCACAAGUUUCGCCUCUACCUGCAGGGGGACAAAGAGCCCAACUGGCUGAAGAGGCUCUUCACUGACUUUAUAACUUUCACAGUCAAGCUGGUCGUCAAGGGACAGAUCUGUAAGGAGAUCAACAAGCUUGCAGACAUCCUGGCUGAAUUCAUUCAAGACACGGCGGCGGAAUUCCUCAGCGAUGGCGCCAUCAGCGUGGACAUUGGUGUAACUACAUCUCCUCUCAUCACUGCUAACUACAUAGAGUCCUAUCAUAAGGGUCUUACAAAAUACCUAAACUCAACUUCUUCAAUCAACAACUCGGUUUUUCACCCAAAUCAACUGACUGAAAACAGGAUGCUUUACUUCUGGUUCUCAGAUGAUAUUUUUAAACCACUGAUUGCUGCUGCUCAUCAAGAUGGACACUUCCAACUCAACAUCUCAUCAGAAGAGGUCAAAACACUUUUUAAGACGGGUCUCUCCAGCGUCAAACCUGUGUAUAUCGAAAGGUGUCUGUCGGAAGCAGCAUCUCCUGAACUCAGAGUGUGGAGUUCAGCUGUUCCCACUCUGAACACCUCCACUAUGGGGACAUCGAUUACAGCGCAGGCUAUUGGACAGCUCUACUGCGGGAGUCAGAACGAACCCACACUCUUCUUUCAAACGAACGUUACAGUUGAUGUCACGGCUUCCUAUGCAGAAAAGAAACUUUUCCUCCACGGUAAACCACAAGAGAUCUCUGUAGUUCGAGCUGAGCUUCCUCAAGAGAACCAACAGAUAUACGAUGAGGCACAAAUUGAGUUUAUAAGAGAAGCUGUGGAGAAAAUAGGCGUUCCUAAAGUCCUGUUUGUUCUGGAGGUGGAGAUAACUAGGCUGAUGGACAAACAGGGUGCAAGCUUGUUUGACAUCAUCAACCCUGAGGUGCUUCAUAAGGAAGGAUAUGUUGUUGCUCAGAUGGAUUUUGGCUUCCCUCACCAUCUGCUCGUGGACUUCCUCAAGAGGACAUUGCAGUAACUGAGCUGCUUUUAUGCGUCUUCACCAGAAAAUACGUUUAAAGCUUCCAUUUUAACUUUAAAAACUUUUGUGAAAGUCUGAAAUUCAAAUUUCAAUUAUUUGCUUUUGAGUUUUCUUAUAAACCGAAGGCAUGUUUUAAGGUUUUCAUGUUACUGACCAAGUCUGGACAUUUUCCACAUAUAAAUAAACCCAGUAAACAUUUCUUUGGGAUUGA